AUCGGCACGGGAUAUGUAGGAGUACUAGUUCCCCCACUGGUAUUUAAUACUGACAAUGUACUAUGGUCCUAUUAUGGAUCAACCUCUCCACCAGCAGGUCAACGAUGAGAAUUUCCACAGCCAAGAAUUUAAGGAUCUCCUUUCAUCCUUACCGAAAGAGAGAGGCUUAGCUCCAACCUACUCGUAUCAAUACCAAGGAUUCUGGUACUCGCCUUUAGCUUUGCGAGGUGUUACUAACUGUCAAAAGCAUUUUCAUCCUCGCGAAAAUGAUAUAUUCCUUGUUACUGCCCCUAAAUCCGGCACCACCUGGUUAAAAGCCAUUCUCUAUACGUUGAUCAACCGUGAAGCCUACCCUCCACAGACUCCUAGCCAUCCUUUGCUUAGCAAAACGCCUCAUCAGCUCGUUCCUUUUUUUGAAACACUUGAUCCCUCUGAAUAUGAUGCAGUUUGCAAUUCCUCAGACAGCAGGACUAGGAUCUUUGCUACUCAUAUUCCAGUAGAUAGCCUCCCAAGAUUCUUUACGGAUGACUCUACCUCAUCAAACUGCAAAAUCGUUUACCUUUGCAGGGACAUAAAAGACAACUUUGUUUCCCUCUUUCACUUUGCCAACAAGGUCAACAUGAGGCCGUCUCCCAUUUCAUUGGCAGAUGCCUUCGAGUUGUUCUGCAAGGGAAUUAGUGCAGUUGGACCGAUAUGGGAUCAGAUCUUGGGAUACUGGAAAGAGAGCCUGGAAAAGCCACAUAAGGUGCUUUUCAUGAGGUAUGAGGAGAUGACAAAUGAGCCCCGGUUUCAGCUCAGGCGUCUUGCGCAUUUUCUUGGGAAACCUUUCUCUUUAGAGGAAGAAAACACGGGUGUUCUUGAUCAAAUCAUCAGUUUGUGUAGUUUUGACACUAUGAGCAAACUAGAGGUUAAUAGCACUGGGAUUUUGAAGCAUGGUAUAAGCAAUAGUUCAUUUUUUCGGAAUGGCUUGGUUGGAGACGGCAAAAAAUAUCUAACUGCAGAUAUGGCUUCUAGGUUAGACCAAAUUACAGAAGAAAAAUUUCAUGGUUCCGGGCUAUCUUUCUGACAUAUUAGAAUGCUGCUGCAGUAAAUAUGUGGUUUCAGAGUUUUUUUUCAGUAUUUCUUGUUCUUCAGUGUUUUCUGUUAGUGAAUCAAAUUUGUUAAUCUAUCUACGCAUGUGUAUUCAAACACAAUCUCCUCUGG